CAGCGUGACACCAGUGAUUAGCAAUGCAAAGCUCUGGUUCUGCACCAUAAUCUGCACUAGUGAAACAUCAAACCUUUCCUCUGUGACUUCAGCUUCAGCCUUUUCUUCUGCUCAGGGACCUCAUCAACCGCAGAUCUGGAACCAAAAAUGAACUGGGCAUCUUUUUAUGCCGUGAUUAGCGGCGUGAACCGGCAUUCCACUGGCAUCGGGCGGAUCUGGCUGUCGGUCCUCUUCAUAUUCCGGAUUCUGGUUCUGGUGGUGGCGGCGGAAAGUGUGUGGGGUGAUGAGAAAGCCCAUUUCAUCUGUAACACCCAGCAACCUGGAUGCAACAGUGUAUGUUACGACCACUUCUUUCCCAUCUCUCAUAUCCGGUUGUGGGCACUGCAACUGAUCGUGGUCUCUACCCCCGCCCUGCUGGUGACCAUGCACAUUGCACAUCGUCGGCAUAUCGAUAAAAAGUUGUACCACCAGGCUGGCCGCACCAGUCCCAAGGACCUGGAGCAGAUAAAGACGCAAAAAAUGAAGAUUACUGGAGGUCUCUGGUGGACAUACAUGAUUAGCCUGCUGUUCCGUGUGUUGUUUGAAUCAGCUUUUAUGUAUUUGUUCUAUAUGAUUUACCCUGGCUAUAAAAUGUUCCGGCUGGUAAAGUGUGACUCUUACCCUUGCCCAAACAUAGUUGACUGCUUUGUGUCCCGGCCAACAGAGAAAACAGUGUUCACUAUAUUUAUGCUUGUGGUGUCUGGCAUCUGCAUCCUGCUCAACAUUGUGGAAAUCGUCUUUCUUGUUGUCAGGGCAACAAGUCGACAUCUGAACAAUUCCAAGGACUCUCCUGUGGGAGCUUGGAUUUCUCAGAAACUGUGUUCCUUUUAGAAUUGCUGAGAAAAAAUGCAGUAAAACUCACUCUACUCUAAACUCUAAAAUAUAUUUCACUCAAACACAUGUAAACAAACAUUAUCCUGACAAUUUUUUCAUGGCUGUUUUAUUGUAGACCUCAGAAAUAAGAAACUGUGUCCAAAAUGGUGCACUAUACACUAUGUACUUACAAUAUACCCUAUGCACUCAGCCAUGCAGUAUAUGAAUUUUCAAAGUGUAGUAUCGUCCCAAAUGGAACACUAACCACUAACGUUUUGUCAGGCCAGAAAUGUAGUACACUUAAAUUUUGAGUGCGAACAUACUUCACAUACUACUUACAAUACAGAAUGCCGUAGAAUAAUGCAGAAGUGUGCGAUUUGUGACACACCUUGUAUAUAAACACAGAAUUUUAAGAUAUGUACAUAAUGUUAGCCUACUCCAUAUGAUUUUAAACCAGUGUUUAAAUCAGUUCACACUGUUAAAUGAAAUUUUAUACUUAUCUUGCGGCUAAAAUAUUACAAAGAAAUAAAAUCUUUAAUUUA